CCAUUGCAACCAUCAUACCAUUCUCUCUCUCUCUCUCUCUCUCUCUCUAUAAAGAGCAGAGCAAAACACAGACCAGACCAGACCACACCAAGUAAACCUCAAGAAGGCAACCGCCAUCUUCCUCUGCUGACAGCAGCCAACAAAUAGCACCCUUCUCUCUCUCUCGUCCUUCUUCAUCAAAUUCAACAUGUCUCCCAUCUUGACCCCUCAAGGAAUGGCCUUGGCCACCGCCAUGGCGGUCUCCGGCACCGUAAUCCUCCUCGCCCUCCGCCUCCAGAAGCCGGUCGACGAUCACGUCUCGCAGCCACCGCAGCCCCCGCAGCAGGCCCUCCGCUCCUGCAUGAUGUCCGAUGGGAAGCGGAGAGCGAAGAACAAGAAGAAGAGAGUCCACUUCGCGGCGGACGUGGUGGAUCCGUGCGGCUACAGCGAGGAGUUCAGGAGGCAGCACAGGAUCGCGACCAGUCCCGCUCCUCCCUCCCCCGACCCGAAUCCGACCAAGUUCAAGAAGAAUGCGAGCGGCAAAGCUAGAGGAAUGCCUGCCAAUAGGAUGGCUCUGUACAACGGAAUUCUCAGAGACCGUGUCGUUCAGAGAUUGGCCUAUUCCUGCUGACGGGAGGGCUUCCCCAUUUGCCCUUCCAUUUCUCCCCCCAAGUUGCUGCUGUGGAUAUUUUAAUCUAUUCUCGCUAACUUUGCAGUAUAUUCUUGUAAAGAUUCCCCUCUCCCUGCCCCUGUUCUUUAGUUCCUUUUUCGCGCUGUCGGAAAUUCCUGCUUCAUUAGACUCUGAGGAAGAUGUUCAGCAGUUCCGGUUUAGGCCCGGAAGGUGAUGGAAUUUAGGAACUAGAUGGGCCCGGAAGCCUCUUAGGAUGGGGUAAUUUCAAUGGCCGAAUAUGUGAAUCUGUCUUGCUGUUUAGAAAUUUUCAGGCUUCUGUUCUUGCCAUUUGAAGAA